GGCUGUGCGACGAGCAUGCGAGGGGCGUGCGAGGGGCGCGCAAAGGGACCUAUGAGGAGCUCUGCCAUCUCUAAGGACGCGAAGGCUUUGGGACUGCUUAGGAGGGCCACGACCACGCGAGGGGGCCGCGAUCACGCGACGGGGCUCGCGAUAAGCAUUCGACGAAGCGUGCAACGAGUGUGCAAGGGGCCAUUUUGGGGGGCUGCGGGCUGGGGGGGGGCAGCUUUUUCCUCUUCCAGCUGCUCCGGGGUUUGGCUUUCUGCCACCGGCACAAGGUGCUGCACCGCGACCUCAAGCCCCAAAACCUCCUGCUCAGCCGGCGCGGGGACCUCAAACUCGCCGACUUCGGCCUGGCCCGGGCAAAAUCCAUCCCGACGAAGACGUACUCUAAACGAGGUGGUGACGCUCUGGUACCGCCCCCCCCGACAUCCUGCUGGGCUCCACCGAGUACUCCACCCAGAUCGAUAUGUGGGGCGUGGGCUGCAUCUUCUCAGAGAUGGUGACGGGGCGGUUCCGCUCUUCCCUGGCUCCACCGUGGAGGAGCAGCUGCACUUCAUCUUCCGCCUCCUUGGGACCCCGACAGAGGAGACGUGGCCGGGGAUCGGGGCCAAUGCCGAAUUCCGGGCCCACAAGUACCCCCCGUACCCCCCCGAGGGGCUGCUGCACCACGCCCCACGGCUGGACCACGACGGCGCCGACCUGCUGGGCCAACUGCUGCAGUUCGAGGGGCGGCGGCGGCUGCCGGCGGCGGAGGCGAUGGCCCACCCGUUCUUUGCCUGCCUGGGGCCCCGUGUCACCACCCUGCCGGACACCACCUCCAUCUUCGCGCUGAAGGAGAUCCAGCUGCAGAAGGAGCCGGGGCUGCGCUCGGCCUCCCUGCCCCCCCCCUGGUCAGCACCCCCAAACCUGGGGACCCUCCCCCCAAACCUGGGGACCCCUUCCCAGGUUCCUCCGCCUUUCGGGUGCUCGACACUGAAUUCUGACGCUGGGCAGCCCAUGGACUGCUGCUGCGACCCCCCCCCCCACCUGGGACACCCCAAAAGUGUGUGUGUGGGGUUGCCCCAAAGCUGGGGGAGGACACUUUAAAAUUGGGGGGGCAGAGCCCCCCCCAAACUGGCAGGGGGGGCACCCCUGAACUUAAACUACAGCCCUCCCCCCCCAAAGCCCCCCCCAAAGAGGCACUGCUGGAUUUUGGGGGGGUGGGGUCAUGUGGGACACCCCCCCCCCCCACUGUGGGGGGGCACCCCCCUAUUUUUUGGGGGGAGUUCCCUCGAUUUUGAGGGUCCCCCCCCAUUUACUUCGAGUUUUAUUUUUUCAAGGCAAUAUUAUAAAUAAGAGUUUAUAUCUGCCCUUCCCCCUGCAGGGGUGGGGCUUAGCGGGGGGGGGGCCACCUGCGGGGCGGUUUUGGGGUUUGGGGGAAGUGGCAAUGCCCUUUGGAGCUUACUCGGAGGUUACUCACAGUUUACUCCAGGGUUACUUGGGCCUUACUUGGGGUUUCUUCACUUUCUGGAGGUGCCCCCCCCCCCGGGUUGUGGGGGUGCCCCCCAGGGUUGGGGGAGCUUCCUCCAAGGUUACUCCCACUUUAUUCCAGGGUUACUCCAGGGUUACUCAGGCCCAACUCCCCCUUUACUCCAAGGCAGCUCAGGCCCAGCUCUGCGGCUGCUCCUGCCCUACUCCAGCCUUACUUCACGGCUCCUCAGCCCCUACUUGCUCGCUACUCCAGUGUUACUCAGCUCCUACUCCUUGGUUACUCAGACACUACUCAGCCCGGGGGGGGCUGCACGUCCUCCCCCUAAUCCCAGGUUGCUCGUGGAAGUCCUUACUCUGAGUUUACUCAGUUCUUACUUUGAGGUUCCCCAGUUCUUUAUUCCUAGGCAGAACUUACUCCAAGGUUACUCAUGGGGUCCUUACUCUGAACUUACUCAGCCCUUACAUUGAGGUUAGUUGGUACUUUACUGGUACUUAGAACUUACUCCAGGGUUACUCAUGGGGUUCCUUAUGCUGAGCUUACUCAGCUCUUACUCUAAGGUUAAUUGGUACUUUUGGUCAGAAGUUACUCCAGAGUUACUCAUGGUGUGUGUGUGGAUCCUUACUCUGGGCUUACUCCACUCUUGCUCUGAGGACAUGCAGUACUUCUAGCCAGAACUUACUCCAGGGUUGCUCAAAGAGGUCUUUACUCUGGGCUUACUCAGCUCUUACUUUGGGGUUGUUUGGUACGUUAUUGCUACUCACAGCUUAUUCCAGGGUUACUCCAUGUGGUUCCUUUUCCACCCCUUUCCUUUGCCUUUGCUCUUUAUGGCAGCAUUACUCAACCCUUCCUCGGAAGUUAUGUGCUUGCUCCUCCAUUGCUGCCCGGCUCCUUGGCGCAGCUACUCAGCCCUUACUCACCACUUUCUGCUACUUGGCUCUCCCUAUUUAUCGCUUUAAUCCCAGGUUACGUCUUCCUCAAAGCCCUACUCCAGCGUUACACAAAUCUUGGUCCGCCCCCCAUUUUAUGCAGAGGUUACUCAGCCCUUAGUAACAGGUUACUUGCAUCUUAAUGCUGACUUGCUCCACACUUGUAACUGGGCUUGUGUGGUGGGUCCUCAGAAGGGACUUUGGCCUUACUCAAUACUUACUCAACACUUACUCAGAGGUUACUAAGGCCUUAGUGAGCCAGCCCUGUUUAACCCCCAUGUGGCGGCUUUUGGGGUUACACAGUGGCGCCGCCUUUGGUACUCAGCCUUUACUCGGAUGAUACAAAGCCCCUCUCCUGCUUAUUCAGACCCAUGACCCUCCUCAGCCCCUCCCUCUUUCGCCCCCCCCGUGCUACUUACUCUGAGGUUACUCAGUUGACCCAUGCCGUCUCUUUAGUCAGAGGUUACUUGGCCUCAACUCCAGUGUUUCCUGCUCUCUCCGCUCUUCCAAGCCCUUUGAGGAUACCCAACAGAUACACCCCCUUGGCUGCUCGCCGUGGUGUUAAUUACCCUUUACUCUGAGCUUACUUCACUUCCAGGGCAUGCUCAGCCCAUAUUCUGGGGUUCACAGCUGUUACUCAGCCCUUGCUCUUGUCAGAUAUCUUGAAGUAGCCUGAGGUUUGUUACGUUGAAGUUACUCAGCCACUACUACAGGUCAAAACUUGCACUAAGGUUGCAAAAGUUACUCAGUAUGCUGGGGUGGGGGGGUGGGGGGGAGUACUCCUUCCUGCAGUGUGCUCAGCCCUUACUCCAGGGUUACUACAUACCCUGUGGCCACACAGUCAUUACUCUGA